UCAGCAUUUGAUGUGGUUGUGGGGAACGGGCCAUUAUCGAUAAAAGAAAAGUUUCCGGCAGGGCGCAGAGACCAAGCACGCACUUAGUCAUGCUCUUGCCUCGACCAACCUUGUAUCUUGUUUUAGCCUCACGCCGCCUUCACUUUCGCCGGUUCCCUCCUGCACUACUAUCAUGUUCGUCCGUGGUACUCGUGAUACGCGCGCCUCUUUCUUAAAUGAAUUAACCACCCACUCGCUCGCCCUCCGAUCUGCAUCCUCGCCAUGAGCUACCAUGGCCAGACCUUCAAUCCGAACACCGUUGUUGGCUCCACCCAGAAUGACUCUUCGCCUGCAUACUCACGAAGUAGCCUCAUUUUCACGCUUAUCGGCGGACUGGUCUUCUUAUUUUGGCUCAUCCUUCCGUAUCUAGGGAUCUACCCUCUGGCCAUUUCUGGAGCGUUGUGGAACAUUUUCGUCUACUUGAUUCCAUCCCAAAUAGUGGCGGCGCUGGACACGGCGAAUCAAGGCCCAAAUGCAAACGAAUCCAUGACGUCCCUGACAAUACGGCAAAAGAGCGAGGCGAUGCAACGAAUCCUCGGCCUUGAUAGGAGCUCCUUGUACUCGAUACUGCCGAGAGGCCGCAGUCUCUCGGGUUUGGGAAGCGCAUUGCUAGGGGCAAGAGAACCUGUACCUCCUGGCCUUGGAAACUGGGACAAUUCUUGCUACCAGAAUAGUGUUAUACAGGGGCUCUCGUCGCUUGAAUCGUUCAUGAAUUUUCUAAAUUACAAUAUUCGCAAUUUGGACGAACGUGGGCCGCUGUUGACCCACCGUGCUUUACAGGAGAUUACAGAGAUGCUGAAUGAUCCUAUUAAUCAUGGUCAGAAGUUUUGGAUACCGUCCGAGCUCAAGUCAAUGAGCAGCUGGCAGCAACAGGAUGCGCAGGAAUACUUCUCGAAGAUUAUGGAUCAGCUUGACAGAGAGAUUAGGGACGCAUUGAAGGGAGUGACUACUAAUAUUGGGCUGAGGUUUACUAGUCCAAAGGAACAUCUAGCCGGGGCCUCGGAAUCUGUGCUGUCAUCUGAAGAUGAUGUUCAACAACGGGAAACUUUCGCGAAUCCGUUAGAAGGCCUGCUCGCGCAACGGGUUGGCUGCAUGCGUUGCGGAUGGACAGAGGGAUUAUCCCUCAUUCCCUUCAAUUGCUUGACUGUUUCUAUUGGAAAAGAACAGGAGUACGAUAUUCGUGAUUGUCUUGAUAGUUACAUGACAUUGGAGCACAUCGAAGGCGUCGAGUGUGCUAAAUGCACAUUACUACGCACAAAAGACCAGCUUUGUCAUCUGCUCAAACAGAUCGAAGUUGAUGAAGAACAAGCAGAUACCACCCAGCCAUCGAAGCUGUCUGAAACGUUAAGGGACUCUGCGCAAACGCGUCUUCAGGCCGUUCAGGAUGCUUUAGAUGAGGAAGACUUCACAGAGACAGCUCUAUCGAAGAAGUGCCAUAUACCAUCGAAGAGCAGGGUAUCGGUGACCAAGUCACGCCAGGCCGUUAUUGCUAGACCGCCUAAGAAUUUGGUCGCCCAUGUCAAUCGGAGUGUUUUCGAUGAGAACACUGGUAUGUUGAGAAAGAACUAUGCCGAUGUCAGAUUCCCGGGGGUUCUCGACUUGAGUGAUUGGUGCCUUGGACACUUCGAUGGCAAAAAGGAGCUACAGGAAACUUGGAACACUGAUCCGCAGUCUUCCAUGCUGUCACAAUCUGGGGCAAUAAGUGAAGCUCUCAAUCGCAAAUAUGAGCUACGGGCCGUUGUAACCCAUUAUGGACGGCAUGAGAAUGGUCAUUAUAUUUGCUACAGAAAGUUUUCGACUAGGGAUUUUCCUGUUGAGAUUCCUGAAAGGGUAGAACAGAUUGAACAGGUUGAUGACGAAAAGGACGUUCUUCAUAGGUGGUUUCGACUCAGUGAUGAAGACGUGCAGAUGGUCAGCGACCAAGCCGUGUUCAAUCAAGGUGGCGUCUUUAUGUUGUUUUAUGAGCGGAUCGAUGAGAUAGAAGAAACUUUUCAGGAAACGACGAUGCACUUUACCGAAAAGGAUGUGCAGAAUGUACAUACCGAAGAGUUAAGUGCAACUUCAGGAAUGCCUGCAUAUCAAAAGGCUGAAAUAUCCGGCAUAGCCUCUACUUUAAGCGCGACAUCAUAUGCCGAAUCCGAUAUUUGCAAAUCAGACAUGUCUGUAAAUAGCCCAUUGUCCGGUGGCUCGUCUCAGUCCUCUUUGACCGCGCCUGACACGGCCCCCUUGCGUGAAUAUCCCUAGCCAAAUGAUGGCUUCAUUGUUUCAGUUUCUAGAUCUUACGAUCUCUUUUGGUUGAAUUUCAUUUUCAGAACUUGAUACCCACCGUGCGACCGUCGUCUUGACUGGAGGUUUAUGAUUUUCCUUUCUUAUUUUCUUCCGGGACAGACUACUGAAGAUACUGUCUCUCCUGUAUUCUAUAUUCUAUUGUAGCUAGUGUAAAGUCCGCUGGGUUUGCGUUUCUGGCGUUGAUCUGGAUUGCAUAGACUUGCCGUUGUUGACGAACGCCCGAGAUAUUGUACACCGAAGUUAGUAUUUGACAUCAUGAGUGAGUUCAUCGUUAUUGUCUACGACAUUUUCUGAUC